GCCCCUUUGCGUUCCCUUUCCGCUGAAACCCUUCAGAGUAGGAAGUCAAUUUGCCUAAGGUGCUCGGUUCUUCAUCUGAAGCUAAGGCCCUCAAUCCGGCGACUAGCACCGUUAAAUUUAGGCAUCCGACGUCCAAACCCUAAAAUCCAACAUCUACAAUGGCUUCCGUAUCCGAACUCGCUUGUAUUUACUCUGCUCUGAUCCUCCACGACGAUGAGGUCACCGUCACCGAGGACAAGCUCAACGCCCUCAUCAAGGCAGCUGGUGUAACCGUGGAGCCUUUCUGGCCGAGCCUCUUCGCCAAGGCCCUGACCAGCGUGGACAUCGGCAGCCUGAUCUGCAACGUUGGAGCCGGUGGUGGAGCCCCGGCCGCCGGUGGUGCCGCCCCUGCUGCUGCAGCCGCGACCGCCGACGCACCAGCCAAGGUAGAGGAGAAGAAAGAGGAGAAGAAGGACGAGUCCGAGGAGUCUGAUGACGACAUGGGCUUCGGUCUCUUCGACUAGAAAUGUUUUCUAAAAAAACGAAAUAAAAGAAUGGAAACAAUA